AGUCACCCUCUCCAUAGGACAGCCUCGCUUAGCGCAGUACUUAGUCCUGCCAAACUAGCACAUAACCUGCAUUAACAACAAUUAAGAAUGCUGAACAAUGAUGGGAGAGGAAGUAAAAUUCCUCGUGAUAUUUUAAUUUUUAAUUUACGGUAUUUAUUCAGCAUUUAUAGACCACUCAGUCACUAAACAACUCUAAUGCGGUUUUACAUAAACCAGCCAAAUAUAGGAUCACUCACACCUCAGUGUCCAUAACUGGCCUGGUUUAUUAACUACAUUUUUAUCCUGCCUUUCCUCAAGUGAGGUGAAGGCCACGUGUGGUUCUUCCCUCAUUUUUUUUAUCCUGGCAGCAACCUGGGAGGAAAGUUCAGCUAAUCGGUUAUGACUGUCAAUAAAUCACUCCAGUCUUAGUUUGACACACAAACCACUACACACUUGCUUGUAUAUUAUUAUUUUAUUAACAAUCAAAGUAUGUGACACUUUACUAAGAACAAGACAACAGGCAGGAGUGCUGCCAUAAAGUUGGGGUUUUUUUUUCUGAAAGGACAGUAAAGCACUGAAAGGAAGCAUGCUAUUUUCUCUGAGAAUAGAAUAGUGCAUGUAUGUUUUGUUCAUAUGUCAAGUGCUUCAAAUGCAAGAAACUUCCUCUUUAAAAAGCUGGGCGUUGUGGUUGUGGGGGCAACCCCCACCCAUGGCCAGUGGCUCCUUACAAUAACAAUUUCUCUUCCCAGUGGGCUCACAAUUUAAUUUGGGUGAGCAGACUUCAGAUUUGCAGGAUCUACUUCAUGUGUGUGCUUGUUUUACUAGAACCCCCAAGUUCCGCCAAGCAGAGGCUAAACUCAUAAACUAGAAUAUCUUUUUAAAUAUCAGAAGUGAAUAGAGCUUCAAGUGCUGCCACAUUAACAUCUAUCCAUGGUUACCCCCAUGCAUUCUUCACUUUAGCAGUGUUAUUAAAGGGUGUGUGUGUCAUUUCUUGCUUUUAUUAUUAAACCACUGGGAUUCAAAAAUCCUUGCCAAUCUUCUGAAAAUCACCCAAACUUCUGAAAACUCAACCCAGAUCUAUAUUCUGCCCACCCCUGAUCUAAACAUCACAGCUCCAGUGCUUCAUGGUACUACCAUGGCAAAAAAAGAGAAGAAAAAGAGGUCCUCUUGAUUAUUGUAUAGCAUCCCUCCUCCCCUAAAAUUGAAUGAAGUUCACUUAGAGGGGCCUAUGGGGCUUCAGAUUUAUUCAAAUAUAUUUCUGGAAUAAAGAAAUGUUUGAAAGCAUGCAUAGGGCACUCAGGGGAUGCCAGCUGAAUUGUCAUAACGAACACCUGGAGAAGAAUAAACAAAACAAAGGGUAAUUACUAGAUACCAGUUGAGCUGGAGCUUCCUUUUCCCUUUUGAGGUCCUAUUGAACAUUGUUGACACACAUUAAUUAAUGUAUCAUUCAUUCGCUCAGCUAAGGACCUGUUAAAUACCAGUGACAUUUUCCUUUUCAUUGUUGGUGGCAGACAUUAGCCAAUUUGUAUCUAACAUGCUGUAAAACGGGCCAGCAAACUUUUUCAGCAGGGGGCCGGUCCACUGUCCCUCAGACCUUGAAGAGGGCUGGAUUAUAUUUUUUGGGGGGGGAAAUGAAUGAAUUUUUAUGCGCCACAAAUAACCCAGAAAUGCAUUUUAAAUAAAGGGACACAUUCUACUCACGUAAAAACACGCUGAUUCCCGGACCGUCCGUGGGCCAGAUGUAGAAGGCGAUUGGGCCGGAUCCAGUCCCCAGGCCUUAGUUUACCUACCCAUGCACAGGGCGCCGCUAAAAUUUGAAAGACCAAAGUCCGCCCCUGAAAUCGUAUUUAAAGUUUAAAUCAGAAAUCAAGUAACUAUUGUGGAAAGAUGUAUUCUUAAUUGCCUACGUAAGUCUGAACAUGUCCCCACUCCCAAUGUUGUUUCAUUAACUUUGCUGUUAAAGGGACCCCUGACAAUUAAGUCCAGUCGCAAAUGACUCUGGGGUUGCGGCGCUCAUCUUGCUUUAAAGGCUGAGGAAGCCGGCGUUUGUCCGCUUCCGCAGACAGUUUUUCCGGGUCAUGUGGCCAGCAUGACUAUCGCAAGCCCAAGUGGCACAGUGAUUUAACCCAGUGUUCCCCGGGCCGCGGACUGGUGCCGGUCCGUGGAUCAAUCGGCACCGGGCCGCCCGAGGAACUUCAAAUCAUUUCACUGUGGCGGGUGGCCGAGGCGCAGAGCAUUGCGCCCUCUCAAGCCUGCCCAUUGUGUGACAAUAGUGAAUGAAAAUUCGCUAUUGUUACACUGAUGCUCCUCCUGGCCAAUCAGGGAGCGGGUCCUCCCGCUUCCUGAUUGGCCGAAAGGCAAACUUCACGCCAUUGGCCAAGGAGGAGGCGCCACGGGAGGACUGAGGACUCGAGGUCGGAGACGCGAGGACUGAAGAGAAGCUGCCGUGAGGUAAGUGCAUGGGGGGGGACUCAGCACUAUCAAACGGAAAGAGGAGCAGCAAUGGUUUUAUUAGAAUGCCCUCUCAUUCACCCAGGCCUAUUGCACUUAUUUAGGUCAACAACUCCUGGGUCGAAUGUGUUUGUGCGGGUUCAGGCAUAAGUGCACGGAGGGGGGGGGCAGGGGUUCUCUGCUAUUGAGGAGACUCAGCACUAUGGCGCGAUGAUCUCUGUAUUGAAAGGGGGAAUGCCGGGGCAUCUCUGUAUUGAAAGGGGCAUGCUGGCAUCUCUGUAUUGAAAGGGGGCAGAGUCAUCUUUUGUGAUUUAUAUAUAUAUUUCACAGUUAUUUUGAUACACUGGUCAUAUAUUUAAAACACUGAUCACAUUUUUGCGUUGAUAGUUUUUUGAUUUACAUUCGGAUUUAGGUGACAUCUGGAGCUGAGCGGUUGCAAGCAGCAGUGGAGUGAAGAGAAAGAGAAGGUAUCACUCUUCUAGCUCUUCUAUCUGUUCACCAGUACUCGUGUGUACUGACGUGUUAUUGUGUCUGCUUUAACCCACAAAUUAGCAAAAAUGAGUAUGAAACAGACAUCGUUAGAAAGUUUCCUUGGGAAGAAAAAAAGGCCCAGUGAAGAGACAGAAGAAGAGCCUUUAACAUCAAAGAAACAUGCAACUUUUAACAGACAAUACCAUGAGUCCUAUUUGAAAUAUGGAUUUAUCGGGACAGGUGAUUCCCACGCAUCAAAACCGCUCUGCAUAGUUUGCGGUGAGAAGCUCUCUAAUGAGGCAAUGAAACCUUCAAAACUGCUUCGCCACUUGACCGCCAAGCACCCUGGCAUAAAAGACAAGCCCCUGGAGUAUUUUGAAAGAAAAAAACGGGAGCACGAAGCACAGAAGAUAUUUAUGAGGGCCACCACAUCAAUAAAGGAGAAUGCACUGAGAGCAUCAUAUUUGGUGGCUAACCGCAUUGCUAAGGCUAAAAAGCCAUUUACUAUUGGUGAAGAAUUGAUCUUGCCCUCCACUAAAGACAUUUGCCGUGAACUUCUAGGAGAGGCUGCUGUGGAAAAGAUAGCACAUGUGCCUUUGUCAGCUAGCACUGUGACUAGGCGCAUUGAGCAAAUAGCCGAAGACACUGAGGCACAAUUGUUGGAGAGGAUUAAUACAUCACCGUGGUAUGCACUCCAGGUUGACGAAUCUACAGAUAUCGACAACAAGGCACUACUACUUGUUUAUGUGCGAUAUCUAUAUCAGGAGGAUGUGCAUGAGGAUUUGUUAUGUGCACUAUCUUUGCCAACCAACACCACAGGAGCAGAACUGUUCAAGUCACUGGAUGGUUAUAUAUCAGAAAAACUGAAAUGGUCCUUUUGUGUCAGCAUAUGCACAGACGGAGCUGCUACCAUGACCGGACGACUGUCCGGUUUAACUGCUCGGAUUAAGGAGGUUGCACCUGAGAGUGAAUCUACGCAUUGUCUCAUUCACAGGGAAAUGCUGGCAAGCCGAAAAAUGUCACCGGAAUUUAACAGCGUAUUGAUGGAUGUCGUUAAAGUUAUUAACCACAUCAAAGCACACGCACUUAACUCGUGCCUGUUUGAGCAGCUUUGUGAGGGGAUGGACGCAGAGUACAGAUGCCUUCUCUUAUACACAGAAAUAAGAUGGUUAUCCAGAGGAAAAUUGCUAACCAGAGUAUUUGAAUUACGAGAGGCAUUGCAAAGAUUUCUCUCAGAAAAGAAGUCACCGCUGGCAGCACAUUUCAGUGACAAGGUAUGCGUCGCAAAACUGGCUUACCUGUGUGACAUAUUCAGCCUGCUCAAUGAACUCAAUCUGGGCCUUCAGGGGAAAAUGACAACUGUUUUCAAGUUGUCAGACAAAGUAGCUGCAUUUAAAGCCAAACUGGAGUUGUGGGGAUGGCGCAUGAACAGAGGCAUUUUGGACAUGUUUCAGACAUUAGCAGGGAUUGUAGGCGAGACUGAGCUUGAACAUUCAUUCUGCCAGUUGGUGCACGAUCACCUGUCUUUGCUUUUAAAAGAGUUUGAGCGCUACUUCCCAACCACAAAAGACCCACGAACUGGUAAGGAAUGGAUCCGCGACCCAUUUGCCAACAAAUCAGGCGAAUCUAGCAUGUCUAUGCAAGAAGAAGAACAACUGCUGGAGAUUGCAAAUGACGGUGGCCUUAAAACUACGUUCAAGACAACAACUCUGCCAAUGUUUUGGAUUAAAGUCAUGGCGGAAUAUCCUGAGAUUGCCACCACAGCACUUAAAUCCCUAUUGCCAUUUCCGACAACCUAUCUGUGUGAAGCGGGGUUUUCUGCAGUGACAGCAACCAAAACAAAACAACGGAAUAAACUGGACAUAAGCAACACACUUCAGGUGUCAUUGUCUCCUAUUACCCCCAGAUGGAACCGUCUCGUUGCAAAGAAACAAGCUCAGGGUUCUCAUUGAUUUGGCAUUCUAGUGAGUUAAAUAAAAUAAAUCACUUUAUAUUC